UCUGGCUCCCAGCCCCAGCCAUCGCUGAGCUCCCCACACCGUUAAUGCCUGGAGAAUGAGGCGGUCAGUAUGGUGCCGGAGCCGGCGUGACCCUCCACCGCCUGACCCAGCUCCCCCUCCCCGCCCGUCAUGCUGCUGAGUGACAGUCACACACACGGAAGAGGAAGACGGGGAAUCAUAAGACCAUCAUGUCUGGAGGAUGCAGAUAGUUAUAUAAGCCGCGCUGUCAGCCCCACCCCUGGGCGUAGUACUGGGGGAGCGACACACGGGCGGCGGCGACACACCAGCAGCCGCUAAGCGGCAUAAUGAGCUAGCAGUGAGCCCAUGCAGCAGCGCCCCGGGGCCGCCACACCGCCGGCUGUUCGGGAUGAAGACGAUGAAGUGGCGGCUGGCGGGCAGGCUGUGGCUGCUGCUGCUGGUGUACGCGGCGCUGAUGCUCAUGCUCCUCUCACUGAUGCUGCAUGAAGGCUGGUUGACUGGCAGGGGGCGGCCGGAGGGUCUGGAGGAGGAGGGCGGCUGGGGCAGGACAUUCCGGCGGCGGUGCCCGGAGCUGGACGCCUCCCUGUGGACGGACGAUGAGGAUGCUGCCGGGGAGGAGGAGGAGGAGGGUGCGGUGUCGCCGCUGCCCCGCACACACGUGUAUAUCCACGCCACCUGGCGGAGCGGCUCCUCCUUCCUGGGGGAGCUCUUCAACCAGCACCCAGGAGUCUUCUACCUGUACGAGCCGGCCUGGCACAUGUGGCAGUCCCUGUACCCGGGGGACGCGGUCGGGCUGCAGGGGGCUCUGCGGGACCUGCUCAGCUCCCUGUUCCGCUGCGACUUCUCCGUGCUGCGGCUGUACAGCGGGGAGAACAUGACCAGCGCCGGCCUGUUUGGUUGGAAGAGCAACAAGGUGAUCUGCAGCGCCCCAUUCUGCUCAGCUCCGGGGGCCCCCACCUCCUCCACCGCCGGGGGCCCCAGGGACAAGGUCGGCCUGGUGGAGCCGCGGGACUGUGAGCAGAACUGCCCGGCGCGGCCGCUGCGGGAGCUGGAGAGGGAGUGCCGCCGCUACCCGGUGGUGGUGAUUAAGGACGUGCGGCUGCUGGAGGUGGCAUCGCUGCGGCCGCUGCUGCGGGACCCUGGCCUCAACCUGCGGGUAGUGCAGCUCUUCCGGGACCCCCGGGCCGUGCACAACUCCCGGCUGCGCUCCAAGCGCUCCUUGCUGCGGGAAAGCCUCCAGGUGCUGCGGAGCCGGCUGCGGGAGGGAGACGCGGCCAGCAAAGCCCAGCAGCAGCAACAGCUGCACCGCGGGGGCGCCGACUAUCUACUGAGCGGCUCACUGGAAGUAAUCUGCCAGGCCUGGCUGCGGGACCUGCUCCUGGUACGGGGGCAGAGCCCGACCUGGCUCCGUCAGCGCUAUCUCAAGCUCCGCUACGAGGAUCUGGUGCUCACCCCAGAGCAAGAGCUGCGCCGCCUGCUGCGCUUCACGGGGCUGCCCGCACUGCCCGAGCUGGAGGACUUUGUACUGAACAUGACGCGGGGCCCCAGCUACUCUUCAGACCGACCCUUCCUGGUGUCAGCCCGCAAUGCCAGGGAGGCGGUGAGUGCCUGGAGGGAGAGGCUGAGUAGGGAGCAGGUUCGCAGGGUAGAGGAGGCAUGUGGUGAGGCCAUGCAGGUGCUCUCCUACCGGCCCUAGGGGCCCAGGACGCUGCUGUAGCGCCUCUAUUAGCUGUCGUGCAGCCGCUCAGGAUCUCCUCACAUAAAUACAGUGGGGAAUAUUCAAUUGUUUGAAGUCAGUUGGGUGUCUGUUUUUUUUUUUCUGGCUAUUAGAUAGGAACACAUUGUAAUAGACAGGAAAAAACAGACACCCAACCGACUUUUCAAACAUUUGAAUUCCCCCCAGAAUGUUAUAGACCAGCCAUUUCAUAUUGAAAUCUGCAUUGCAGCGAGUACCCGUAUGGACCGCUUUGAAGACUGUUUUGUAUUAUAAUAAUGCUCAUUUUGCACAAUCGUUGCUCAUUCACCUGUCUGUAAAGAAGGCUCAGUGGUUCUAGUUGUACCCUGUAGAAGAGCUGACAAUCAGAACUAGUACACAUUUCCUUCUACUUCUCCAGCAUAUAUACCCAAGGGGUCUUUAGUCUAUUAAGCAGAACUGGUGACAUUUAAUUUAUUAGUACAGCAUCAAAAUGUACAAAACUAACAAAAGUUGUUGUUUUUUUUAAAAAUGUUCUCGUAGCAGCUUGUUAUAAAGUUACUAUGGAUACGCUGAGUGUGCUCAUUGUGAACAAAUCUACUUUCCUCUACUAUGCCACGAUGCUGAAGUUAGCUUCUUAUUUAAAAAGUGAAUAAGAAGCUGGCCGAAUAAGAAGCUAACUUCAGCCUCGUUACUAUGCCUUACCAUAUUGAUAAAUGUAUUUUAUGAUGAUGUACUGUACAGUCAUGUUGAAUAGUGGUAUGUUUGCAAAGCAGUGAUAACACUUUUUCUCUGUUUCAAGCAAUUUAUAAAACAGGUUACCGUUGAGAAAUUGUAGAUGUCUCCUGCAGUCUGUCAGUAUCUGUUUACUUGUUCCUCUAGCAGGAAUAGCAGUGUUUAAACCCUUUUCACACGGCAAUCCUGGGUCCAGCCUCACUGAACACAGGUUACAAACCGUGUCACAUCGGCUUGAAACCUUGUGCACACUGCAGGCUGGACCCGUGUUAAUGCCGAGGCUUCUCUGCUGGUGCUUGGAGAUGACAUCAUCUCCACGCGCAGGUGAGCCGUCGCUCUAUGGACUUUGAACAGGACUCAUUCACACUCUCCUGCAUAACCCAGGACCUUCCUGGACCAACCUCUGUAGUUACAUGGGUUGGAUUCUGGGGUCACUGGACCCAGGUUAUUUCGGAGACGUUUCACACCGAGCUGCAACCCGGGUUAACGUGGUGAAAACAUGGGUCAAAACGGUGGGAGAAAAAAGUGUAACUAAAGCAGUAAGCUAGUCUAAUCAGUGUUUGAUGCAAGGUCUAAGGUGGUGUGUGGGGGUCUCCGUCACCUCCCUGGGCUCUCCUUCACCUCAGCUGCCGGGAACAAGGCAGCAAGCCGUCCCCGGCGCUGCCUCCUCCCCCCUGCAGCUGGAAGGACCUCCGGCUCCGUUGCUAGGGGGAGGAGGAGAUUACCUUCCGGGACCAGGGCUGCCUGGAGGAAGGUAUGUCGGGGGAAGGGGGGUCGGCGGGUUGCGGCAGCCGGAAAUAAGAAGGCUUCUAUAGGGUAUUGCCAUCCAGAGACGGCGAUACUCAGGGCGGCGAAAAACCGGCGGUGGGGUCUUAGUACAUUUGAAAAUGCGGUAAAACCCCAGAAAACGGGGGUUUUACCAAAUUUUUCCCUUAGUACAUCCCGCCCAUGAUCUUUUGUGUUGAGGCCUCUGCGCUUCAUGUCACAAGAGGCCAGUAAGGCAAGCAGUAGUACAUACUGAGCGGGAUGUACUAAGCAGAAAAUGCGGUAAACCCCCUGUUUACCGCAUUUUCCUGAUGUACUAUCCCCCGGCUGCCAGGUCAGCGCCGCGGCGGGGUUCGCCAGCUUUAGCUGGCGAUAGUCUAUAGAAGCCUAUGGGCUACUCUCCGCGGCGCUGUGUGAGGGAUCCGAUCGCAUCCCUCCCAGCAUGCCCUGCGGCCGCCCCCAUCACCCCGCGCAUGCGCAGACUGACUUCUGGGGCCGAAUCCCGGAAGUCAGGCUGCCGCUGUGCAUCGCGGAGGACAGCUCUUAUCGGUAGAGCUGUCCUCAGCAUUGCUGAUCGCAUAUGUUAGUACAUAUGCGAUCAGCAUCGUGUCGAUGGGCGGCGAUGUACAUUAGUACAUCCCGCCCACUGUCAGUUAUCGAUGCAAGUUAGUAAAUAAGGGGGACGUACUAAGCAGUGAUAAAAGUGGAAAAGUGAGCCAGUGGGGAAGUUGGCCAUUGCAACCAAUCAGCAUUGAUGUAACAUUUAUAAUUUGCAUACUAUAAAAUUAUACAGAGCAGCUAAUUGGUUGCCAGGGGCAACUUCUCCACUGGCUCACUUCUCCACUUUUAUCACUGCUUAGUACAUGUCCCUGUAAGCCCCUAAGGAACAUGGCCUGGAGUCACAAUUAGAGACUACACAAACCCUGACCAAAUAUAUAAGCUAAAGAUAAUAUAGAUCAGAAUUGAACAGUUUAUAUUCCAUAGUAAGAGCAAAUGUACAAAUAGUUUAAUUGUAUUCGUCCAUCACUUUUAUAACACUUUAAAACUGGACUGGUAUUUACUCAUUUUUAUAUAGGUACAACAAACUUGUUACUUAUGUCCUCUAAGCCCUGUAUAGUGUAAAAAGUGUACUUAUUAUGUCCAUAAUUUUAAUGUUAUUACGUUGGGAAUAGUUGGAUGUAGUGCUUAACCAGCAGACCCAUUAGUUAGUGUAGUGUAAUAGAUCAUCUCUGGGAAAACAUGUCUUCUGGCCAGAAGAAAAUCUGCAAUCUGGAGCCUGAGUGGGAAAUUCUAGCUCUGUCACACACAAGUGCUUCUUAUUGCUUAACAUGUAAAAAGCUGAAUCUCUAAAUAUUUUAGUCAGCCAAAGAGCUCCCAUGUGACAAGUUUUCCUUUGAAUUUUAUGUCUAUUUAGGUUGCAGGCUUUGUUUUACAGCCACAUAUGCCUUCAUGAUACAACCCUAAUGCAAAGCCUUGGUUGACAGCUGUGUUGCAUAUUACUGUUUUCAGACAAACUAUGGGCAGAUUAGGGUUGGCCAUCAGUUGUUACAAACCAUAAGUUGCUAAUCAUCGAUAGUAGACUGUUUUGGCAGUGAUAGCAGAAUUCCAAUGGUUCUUCACCAUUGAUGCUACAAAACCCCACUGAUUUUUUUUUUUUUUUUCAUACUGGGACACUGAGCCUAACACUGCCCCCCUGAUGCAGCCUGUGAAGCCCUGCCCCCACCUCUGAUUGGCUUGCAGGCCAAUUAGUUGUAGAGUAGGGAAUACCAUCGGUGGGUGAAACCAUCAAUGGAUCCCCUGUCAAUGAUUUUAUAUAAUCAGGUUACAUCCAAUGAUCGCAUUGAUGGUUAAUUCAUCGAUGGCCAUCCCUAAAGAUAUGCAAAAUGUGACUUCAGCAAAUAUAUAAUUUGUAAAUUGUUGCUACUUUAUUUUUAUUUGAUUGUUAUUUGAGGAUCAAUGAAUAUUUAUAUAUUAGCUCCCUUUCAGUUUAUUUUUUUUUUUUUAUGUUUUGUAGUAAUUUUACAAUACACGUUGACUACAACUUUUUGCUUUUAUCAAAGACCUGUAACUCGUUACCUUUUGUGUAUAGCAGGUUUUCUGUAUAUAUAGAAUAAAGACGAACAAGUUUA